CUCCCUGCCUGACUCGGACUCAGAAGAUAACUCCAAGUUUCGCGCGAGAUUUGUAUCGCGUUAGUUCGCAAUUGCCGUCGUCACCAGUAGCCGAGGUCAAUUAGUUCUCCAAGAUGCCCACUGUUCCUGUAGACAAGGCUGAUCUUUUUGAGAGGCUUGGGAAGCAGUAUACCACGGAUGAGUUUGAUAGACUUUGCUUUGAAUAUGGAUUAGAACUGGACGAAGACACAACAGAAGAUGUAGAAGCAGCGAUCAAGAAUGGACUUCCAGCGGAACGUCCGCAACUCAAGAUCGAAGUCCCAGCCAACAGAUAUGAUCUUCUCUGCAUUGAAGGCAUAUCCCGUGCAUUGGGUGUUUUCCUCGAGCGACAGGAGGCUCCCCAAUACAAACUUGUCUACCCUCCUGGCGGCGAGCAAAACUUAAUCACCAUGAACAUCCAUCCAGAGACACAGCAUGUUCGUCCCCUCAUCGCAUGUGCUAUUUUGCGAAACGUCGCGUUUACACCCCGUUCCUACAAGUCUUUCAUCGACCUUCAGGACAAACUCAACCAGAAUAUCGGUCGGCGUCGUUGGGUUGCUGCUAUUGGUACCCAUGACUUGGAUACAAUCGAAGGACCUUUCCGUUUCGAAGCUCGUGAUCCCGAAAAAAUCAAGUUCAAGGCACUUGGAAAGAGUGUCGAAUAUACAGCAAAGGAACUGAUGACGAUCUACGAUAGUGAUAAACACGUCUCCCGUUUCCUACCCAUCAUUCGUGAUGCACCAGUGUACCCGAUUAUUUAUGACUCAAAAGAUCAUGUACUCUCUCUCCCUCCGAUUAUCAACUCGGAGCACAGCAAAAUAUCCUUGAACACACGGAACGUGUUGAUUGAAGUGACCGCCACAGAUGAGACGAAACUACAGAUAGUUGUGAAUAUGGUCGCGACGAUGUUUUCAGAGUAUUGCGAGGAACCAUAUACAAUCGAGCCCGUGAAGCUCGUCUUUGCUGAUGGAUCGGCACGUAUAUCUCCUGAUAUCUCCCCACGCACUACGACAGUGCGUGCUUCUUACAUCAACUCCUGCACGAGUCUUUCCCUUUCUGUCCCCGCUAUAGCCCUACUCCUUACGCGGAUGACUCUCAAUCUCACCCUGAAUACUGCACCUUCUUCUAAUCCAGGUUAUACGGAUGAGAUCACGGUUGAUAUUCCGUGUACGCGCCCGGACAUCCUCCACGAAUGCGACAUCGUAGAGGACGCUGCUGUUGCGUAUGGAUACAACAACCUUCCGGACAUCUUUCCCAAAACAAGUACAAUUGCGCAGCCGCUGCCGAUAUCCCGCCUAGCAGACGUUAUACGACGAGAAUGGGCGAUGGCUGGGUGGGUGGAGGCGCUUCCCCUUAUUUUGUGCUCCCACGACGAGAAUUUUGCUUUCAUGAAUCGCCCCGAUCCUGGAACGCUUGCAGUGAGAAUUGCAAACCCCAAAACUCUCGAGUUCCAGGUCGUGCGCACUUCCCUCCUCCCUGGCUUGCUCAAGACCGUCCGUGAGAACCGUUCUCACGCACUGCCAAUUCGUUUGUUCGAGGUUUCCGAUGUAGUAUUCAAAGAUGCAACGCAGGAGAAACAAGCACGUAACGAGCGGCAUGCUGCUGCACUGUGGUGCUCAAAGACGGCCGGCUUCGAAGUUAUUCACGGCUUACUCGACCGCGCGAUGCGCAUGCUCGAAGUUCCGCGUAUCACGAGCACGGAUCAUACCAGCGAGCGCGGAUACUACAUCGUUGAGGGGAAUGAUCCAGCCUACUUCCCUGGCCGAGCUGCCGAUCUUUACUUCCGCCCUCUCCCAGCCCGUAAAUCUGAGCUUGUUCAUUUGGCCGAUGAAGUGAAUGGGGCCAUUAUACCUCCCUCCUCAAGAGACAUCAAGAUAGGCACCCUCGGCGUUCUGCAUCCGACCGUGCUGUCGAAUUUUGAAAUCACCUAUCCAUGUUCUGCCCUAGAAUUCAAUGUGGAGGUGUUUCUAAAGAGAUCGUAGCCCGUGUCAAGGCUUAUAUCAAACAAGCCACAUAGUUCUUGUAUACAUCCCACGAUGUGCAGUAUAACAUAUGUACUCGAAAAAAAUGGUGAUGUCUAAAAUAAUGUAGAGUAUACAAGACGCGCAG